AUGCCUGAAGAAGGUCCUUUUGUCUCCAAAGAACUUAAGCCGUUCCAGAAGUUGGCUUCCCUCACCUCCAGUCACGUUAAGUGGUAUAUCCGAGAUUGGGAAACCGAGAAUGUGAUUGUCAGCAUUGGAGAUUUCCCUAAUGUGCCGUUAAUAGGAACCAAGGGUUGCAUUAACUAUAACCCCAUGUUAUCUCUAAGGCAGCAUGGGUACCCUAUGAAUGGCCCUCCAAAAGUUGAAGCUCUAGAGCCUUUCAUCCUACAUGGUGUUGAAAUGGAUCAUCCCAUGGUGAAAAAGAUCAAGAGGUCUUGGCAAGCAGUUAUCAGAAAAGGUAAGGAGUUGGGUAGGAGAAAUGUCAUUGCCCAAGAGCCUUACACUUGUUGGGUUAGAGAGAGGGUUCAGAUGAUUAAACUCCCGUAUCCAUUUGAUCCUUCUAUCUAUCCAGUGAUUCCUGAGCCAGAGCCCAUAUUACCUGAAGAUGUGGAGAAGCUCAACAACCGUAUCAAGGAGUUGGAAUUGGAAAAUGCUGAUUUGAGAAUUAGGCUUGGCCGAGUUUCGGUGGAGAAUGGGAACUUGAAAGACGAUCAACAAAAGAAGGACAAAGAGCUUGAAGUCUCCAACAAAAGAGCUAGAGAGUCUGAAGCCAGGAGAGAAAAGUUUGGACAAGCACUCUUUAGCACUAAGUCUGUGUUCAAAUCAAAGGAAGAGGAGUUGGAUAGAGCUUUACUCCGGAUUCAAAAACUCAACAAGACUUUGGAGCUGACCCUUGAGAUGAAAAGGGAAGCACGGUUAAUUUCUGAGAUCCGUACUCGUGAAUUGGAGAAUACCAUUCAGAAGUAUCAGGAUGCUCUGGAACGUGAGAAGCUGAAGACCGAAGAGUCAGAGAGAGUGUGCACACGAUUGAAGCAUCAUUUGGAUCGAGCCGACGCUAGAAUCCAAGCACUUGAAGGUGGGGAUCAAGAUGCUGCCUAUAUGGUGUUACUGAAUGAAUGCAGAUAUUGGAGAAACCUCUAUAGGGGCAUAGAGGUGACCAAGGCUGAAGAUGUGCGUAUUAUCCAAGAUCUCCAAGGGCUCUACACUGAGUGGAAGGGCAAAUUUCUGAAGCUGUCCGGAUUUGCGAGUUCCAUCAUGCGUGAGCUACCUGAGAAGCUGCAAGAAGCGGAUUGGUGCAUGUGUCCAGAGAACACACCGCAUCAAGUCUAUAAUUUCAUUAAGUUUUGUCUUGUGAUUCCUGCGAAGUUCAAGACCCCAGACUUCGAUAAGUAUGAGGGCCACUCGUGUCCUAAGAGUCACCUCAUUAUGUACUAUCGAAAAAUGGCUGCGCAUGUAGAGGACGACAAGCUCAUGAUACAUUGCUUCCAGGAUAGCCUGAGGGGUGCUCCCUCUAAAUGGUACCUAAGCCUGGAUCAGAGUAGGAUUCGUUGCUUCCAGGAUUUAUCUGAUGCCUUCAUCCAACACUACAAGUACAACAUGGAUAUGGCCCCGGAUAGGAGACAACUACUCAUUAAACCUGUGUUCUAUGAAAGAAUGGUAAGUAGCGUAUCUGCAAGUUUCUCUGACCUGGUCGCUGUAGGCAUAAAGGUCGAACUUGGAUUAAAGAAUGGAAAGAUGACGACUACCUCUGAAACAUCUGGUAGUAAUGCAAAAAAGUUUCCUGGAGGGUUUCAAAGGAAGAAGGAGGGGGAUACGAAUGCAGUGUCAACCAGCCAAAGAAGGAGUCAGUCAUGGAAGAAACCACACCAAUUUUCUCGACAACAACCAAUAUACCCAGUACAAUAUGUCCAACAACCGUAUGUGGCAGCUGUCACACCAAAUUUUAACCAACCACCAGCUUCAGUUUAUCAACCUGUUCCUGCUCAACAAGCGCCGAUGUAUCAGCAAGCGCCCGCGCCACCUGCUUAUCAACAGCCGAGGGCACAGGCUCCUCGUCCGCAAAAUCCUCAAAAUCAAAAUAGGGCACCAAGAAAUAGAGCUCCAUUUGCUGCAAUCCCUAUGACAUACACUGAAUUGUACCCGUCAUUGCUACAGAAAGGGUUAGUGACGCCCAGAUCUUUGGACCUGGUUGAAAAGAAGAUUCUGUCAUUUCGAGACGUCGGACCCAAUGUUAAGAAUAACCCUUUGCCAGCACAUGGUGAUGUCAAUGCCGUCGAAGAUGCCUCUGAUAUGUGUGUAAUCAAGAAUGUGGAAGAUGUUAAAACUCCGCUGCUAACGCUUCAUGCAGGAUUGGUGAGGGCUAGAUUGAUUGAUACUUGUCACGAUAGCUGCGAGGAAUGUGCCAUUCAGCCGAAAGGAUGUAAAGUGGUACGAAAUGACAUUCAGAGUUUGAUGAAUCAAGGUGUUUUACAAAUCUCUGGUCCAGCAAUAAAUGAGGAAAUUUCGGUCAUUGAACCCGUUUUUAACAUACCGGAACCGUUUGAGGUGACUUAUCACAGAAGAGACGUUGUUCAUCCGUCACCCGUGGUGGUAUGCAUGCCUACACCAUUUCCUUUUGAAAGUACCAAGGCAGUACCCUGGAAGUACGGCAUAACAGUGGUAGAUGGAGUGGUGGAUGGAAAACCUGAGGCCACUGAAAGUAAGAAAGGUGUGGAGAAUGUUGACGCCGACAUCACCAAUAUCGCAGGAACAAGCAGGAUGACCCGUAGUGGUCGGAUUUAUACUCCCAAUUUUGAUGUGAACCCUCAAGAGCCAGCAAGGGGAGCUGCAAAUGUAAAUCCUACCCCAGAACAGGGAGGGGCACAGCCGGCUGUGCAAACAGAUGAAGCAAAAACCUCUUUUCAAGCCCUUGAAAUAUCCAAUGCUACACUUGAAGAGGUUAAGGAUCCUGUUGAGAAAGCUAGUUUGUCAUUCGCUUCUUUGAAGAGUGCAAAAUCAGCAGUUGAAAGUGGAGGCCCUGCAGGUUGGGGGCAGUUGCUACAUGAAUAUGUAGAUGUAUUUGCUUGGUCAUAUCAGGAUAUGCCAGGUUUAGAUACUGACAUUGUUGUCCACAAGCUACCACUACAGCCAGAUUGUCCGCCAGUGAAGCAGAAGCUCCGAAGGGCAAGACCUGACAUGGCUUUAAAGAUUUGUGACGAGGUGAAACGUCAAUUUGAUGCCGGUUUUCUAGCAGUUGCAAAGUACCCUCAAUGGGUAGCCAACAUUGUGCCAGUACCCAAAAAGGAUGGCAAGGUCAGGAUGUGUGUUGAUUAUAGGGAUCUAAACAAAGCUAGUCCAAAGGACGAUUUCCCCCUGCCACAUAUUGACACUCUGGUAGACAACACUGCUAAGUUCGCAGUCUUCUCCUUUAUGGACGGAUUCUCGGGUUACAAUCAAAUCAAGAUGGAUCCAGAAGACAUGGAAAAGACCACAUUCAUCACCCCUUGGGGAACAUUUUGCUACAAGGUAAUGCCUUUCGGUCUCAAAAAUGCUGGGGCAACUUACCAAAGAGCAAUGGUCACUCUUUUCCAUGAUAUGAUGCAUAAGGAAAUUGAGGUUUAUGUGGAUGAUAUGAUUGCAAAAUCUCAAAGUGAAGAGGAUCAUAUAGACCACUUGCAGAAGCUGUUUGAGCGUCUUCGGAAAUUUCGACUACGACUGAAUCCUGCUAAAUGCACCUUCGGUGUCCGAUCCGGAAAGUUGCUUGGUUUCAUUGUUAGCCAACGAGGAAUUGAGGUAGAUCCUGACAAAGUCCGAGCUAUACAAGAGAUGCCUGCUCCACGCACCGAGCGAGAGGUUAGAGGCUUCCUGGGACGUUUGAAUUAUAUCUCAAGGUUUAUCUCACAUAUGACGGCCACAUGCGAGCCUAUAUUCAAAUUGCUUCGAAAAGAUCAAGCAGUUGAAUGGAAUUCUGACUGCCAAAUGGCUUUUGAGAGAAUCGGACAAUACCUGCAAGAGCCCCCUAUUCUGAUUCCACCUGUUCAGGGGAGGCCACUCUUUAUGUACUUAACGGUGCUUGAAAAGUCAAUGGGAUGUGUGCUAGGACAACAUGACGAAACCGGUCGAAAGGAACAUGCUAUCUACUAUCUAAGUAAGAGAUUUACCGAUUGUGAAACCCGAUACUCACUCUUGGAGAAAACUUGUUGCGCUUUAGCAUGGGCCGCUCGUCGUCUGAGACAAUACAUGAUUUGCCACACUACUUUGUUGAUUUCAAAAAUGGAUCCAAUAAAGUAUAUCUUUGAAAAGCCUGCUUUGACUGGAAGACUCGCCCGUUGGCAGAUGUUGCUAUCCGAGUACGACAUCCAAUAUGUGUCUCAGAAAGCCAUAAAAGGGAGUGUGUUGUCUGAUUACUUGGCAAACCAGCCCGUUGAAGAUUACCAGUCGUUGAAGUUUGAUUUCCCAGAUGAGGACAUUAUGUUAGUGAAAGACUGUGAAAUCCCAGGACUUGAUGAAGGACCUGAGCCCGGAUCUCGGUGGAAGCUCAUGUUUGAUGCAAGGUUGUGUUUUGAUUGCACGAACAAUAUAGCAGAAUAUGAGGCGUGCAUCCUAGGCAUUGAAGCAGCCAUUGAUCUCCGAAUCAAAAUCCUCGAAGUAUGUGGAGAUUCAGCCUUGGUGAUAUACCAAGUCAAGGGCGAAUGGGAAACCCGUGAUACCAAGUUGAUCCCAUAUCGUGCCUAUGUCAUGGAAUUAAUAAAAUAUUUUGACGAAAUCACUUUCCGUCAUAUCCCGAGAACUGAGAAUCAAAUUGCUGAUGCUUUGGCUAUGCUGGCUUCAAUGUACCAAGUCAGAUUCCAUAAUGAAGCACCUCUCAUUCAAAUCGAGCGGAAAGUCGAGCCUGCCUACUGUCAGUCAGUUGAAGAAGAAGCCGAUGGUAAACCCUGGUUUCACGACAUCAAAUGCUUCUUGCAAAAUCAAGAAUAUCCCACAGAUGCAACAACCCUUGACAAGAAAACAUUGAGGAAGUUAGCAUCCAAAUUCUUCUUGAGCAAUGGUGUGUUGUACAAGAGAAAUCACGACAUGAUUCUGCUCAGAUGCGUGGAUGGACGUGAAGCGGACCUGCUGAUCAAGGAGAUUCAUGAAGGAUCCUUUGGAACUCAUGCCAAUGGGCAUGCCAUGGCCAAGAAGAUUUUGAGAGCUGUAAAUGUUUUGACGUCACCUUGGCCUUUCUCAAUGUGGGGCAUCGACAUGAUUGGCGCCAUCGAGCCUAAAGCUUCCAAUGGUCACCGCUUCAUUCUGGUUGCCAUUGAUUACUUUACCAAAUGGGUAGAAGCCGCCUCUUAUGCUAAUGUGACAAAACAAGUGGUUGCACGGUUUCUCAAGAAAGAGAUCAUUUGCCGUUAUGGAAUUCCGAGCCGGAUCAUCACGGAUAAUGGGACGAAUCUGAACAAUAAGACCAUGAAGGAAUUAUGCGAGAGCUUCAAGAUUGAGCACCAUAACUCUUCACCAUAUCGUCCAAAGAUGAAUGGCGCUGUUGAAGCCGCUAAUAAAAACAUCAAGAAGAUUUUGGUAUAUGGGAUGGAAGCAGUUCUCCCAAUUGAAGUAGAGAUACCUUCAAUGAGAAUCUUGAUGGAGACCAAGCUAGAAGAGGCUGAGUGGAUUCAAAAUAGAUUUGAUCAGUUGAACCUCAUAGAUGAGAAGCGAUUGACUUCUUUGUGCCAUGGACAAUUAUACCAGAAACGGCUUAAAAGGGCUUUUGACAAGAAAGUACGUGUUCGGGAAUUCAGAGAAGGAGACCUCGUGCUUAAGAAGAUCUUGCCAAUACACAAGGACUCACGUGGGAAGUGGACCCCCAAUUAUGAAGGCCCAUAUGUUGUAAAGAAAGUUUUCUCCGGAGGUGCUUUGAUUCUCACAACUAUGGAUGAUGAAGAACUCUCACACCCCGUGAACUCUGAUGCAGUUAAAAAA